GAAUAAGAACAUAGUUGAGGAGUGAUUCCUGGUAAAAUAAUUUCGUGGUACGCAGAAAAAAGUGGAAACAUUUGACAUCUAUAAUGGCUGAAAGUAAAGGGAAGACGUUGAUUGCAGAAGUCAACCCAAGGAAAAUGAUUUUUGAGCCCAUCUUGGAGGACGGGGUUUUUCGAUUUGAUUGCUCUGAAAAUGAUAGGGAAGCAGCAUAUCCAAGUCUUUCGUUUAUGAGAAGUAAGGACAGGGACACACCAAUCAGCAGUCCCCAACUUCCUUCAUAUACUCCUACUUAUGAAAGUCGUUCUGGCCAGCAGAUUGUCAAGCUUGAGCUUCCUAGUGGUACCAGCUUUUACGGAACUGGAGAAGUUAGUGGUCCAUUAGAGCGGACGGGAAAAAGAGUCUUCACAUGGAACACAGAUGCUUGGGGUUAUGGUCCUGGAACUACAUCGUUAUAUCAGUCACAUCCAUGGGUACUGGCUGUUCUUCCAAAUGGAAAGGCGUUGGGGGUUCUUGCUGACACAACAAAACGCUGUGAGAUUGAUCUGAGGAAAGAAUCUCAAAUUCAGUUCAUUGCUCCAGCUUCAUAUCCUGUUGUUACAUUUGGCCCAUUUGCCUCGCCCGCUGCUGUUCUGAUAUCUUUAUGUCAUGCAAUAGCUCUCUCGUCAUUUAAUUCUGCUCAACAUGACCUUAAUCUUCCCAUUAGUAUUCGUAAAGGAACUGUAUUUAUGCCCCCAAAGUGGUCACUAGGUUACCAUCAAUGUCGUUGGAGUUAUGAUUCUGAUAAGCGAGUUGUUGAGAUUGCUAGAACAUUUCGCGAGAAGAAUAUACCUUGUGAUGUGCUAUGGAUGGAUAUCGACUAUAUGGAUGGAUUUUGUUGCUUCACUUUUGACAAGGAACGCUUUCCGGAUCCAAGUUCUUUGGUGAAGUGUCUACACGAUAAUGGAUUCAAAGCAAUCUGGAUGCUUGACCCCGGGAUCAAACAUGAAAGCGGUUAUUUUGUCUAUGAUAGUGGUUCUGAGAAUGAUGUCUGGAUUCAACAAUCAAGUGGGAGACCUUUUAUUGGGGAGGUGUGGCCUGGACCUUGUGUAUUCCCUGACUUUACACAUUCAAAAGUUCGUUCUUGGUGGGCUGGUUUAGUGAAGGAUUUCAUUUCUAAUGGUGUUGAUGGUAUAUGGAAUGAUAUGAAUGAGCCAGCUCUCUUUAAGGUUGUAACAAAGACAAUGCCUGAAGGCAAUAUUCACAGAGCUGAUGAUGAACUUGGCGGUUGUCAAAUUCACGCGCACUAUCACAAUGUGUAUGGGAUGCUGAUGGCAAGAUCAACAUAUGAAGGGAUGUUACUAGCUGAUAGCAACAGGCGUCCUUUUGUUCUGACUAGAGCUGGAUUCAUUGGUAGCCAAAAAUAUGCUGCAACAUGGACUGGAGAUAACCUUUCAAAUUGGGAGCACUUGCAUAUGUCUAUUUCGAUGGUACUUAACCUGGGAAUUAGUGGUCAGCCGUUUUCUGGACCUGAUAUUGGUGGAUUUGCUGGAAAUGCAACGCCAAAACUUUUUGGAAGGUGGAUGGGUUUUGCUUCAUUGUUCCCUUUUUGUCGUGGGCAUUCUGAGACUGACACUAUUGACCAUGAGCCCUGGUCAUUUGGGGAAGAGUGUGAAGAAGUUUGCCGUCUGGCAUUGAGGAGGCGAUACAGACUUAUUCCGUACAUAUAUACACUCUUUUAUAUGGCUCAUACACUGGGUACCCCGGUGACAAGUCCUACAUUUUUUGCAGACACAAAAGAUCCCAGCUUAAGGACGAUUGAGAAUUCCUUCCUUUUGGGGUCAAUUCUUGUCUGUGCCAGCACUGCACGUGAACUUGGGUCAGAUAAAUUGGAGCACUUGCUGCCAAAAGGAAUUUGGUUGAGUUUUGAUUUUGAUUAUUCCCAUCCAGAUUUACCAGCCUUGUAUUUGCAAGGUGGAUCUAUUAUACCUGUGGGUCCUCCAUACCAGCAUCUCAGUGAAUCCACUCUGUCAGAUGAUUUGACACUCCUUGUGGCUUUGGAUGAAAAUGGGAAGGCUAAAGGAGUUCUAUUUGAAGAUGAUGGUGAUGGAUACGGAUUCAAAGAGGGCCAAUUUUUAUUGACACAUUAUACAGCUGAACUUGAAUCAUCUGUCGUGACUGUUAGAGUUUUCAAAUCUGAAGGAUCAUGGAAGAGGCCUAAGCGUCGUCUGAAUGUCCAGUUGUUACUUGGUGGAGGUGCAAUACUUGAUAGUUGGGGCAUGGAUGGAGAGGUUUUGCAGAUUAUAGUGCCAUCUGAACAUGAAGUCUCUAAGCUAGUAUCAAGGAGCAAAGAGAAUCACAAGAUUCGUUUAGAACGCGCUAAAGUUAUCCCAGAUACAGAAGAACUUCCUGGACAUAAAGGAGAACUUUCGAGGUCUCCUACUGAACUGAAAAGUGGUGAUUGGGCUCUCAUAGUAAUUCCGUGGAUUGGGGGCAGAAUUAUUUCAAUGGUGCACCAGCCUUCAGGAACGCAAUGGCUUCAUAGCAGGAUAGAGAUUAAUGGGUAUGAAGAAUAUAGUGGUACUGAAUACCGGUCUGCUGGAUGUUCAGAGGAAUACAAUGUCCUUGAGAUGGAUCUUCAGCAUGCAGGAGAGGGGGAAUCUCUUAUGUUAGAAGGGGAUAUUGGUGGUGGAUUGGUUCUCCAAAGGAUGAUUAAAAUCCCCAGGCACAACCCCAAGGUAAUCCAGAUUGACUCUAGCAUUGUAGCCCGCAAAGUUGGUGCUGGUUCAGGAGGAUUUUCAAGGUUGGUUUGCUUGAGAGUACAUCCAACAUUCACCCUCAUGCACCCCACAGAAUCUUUCGUCUUCUUCACGUCAAUUGAUGGAUCUAAGCAUGAAAUUUGGCCAGAAUCUGGAGAGCAGUUGUAUGCAGGGAAUUGUUUGCCUAAUGGUGAAUGGAUGCUCAUUGAUAAGCGUCUUGGCCUGGGAUUGGUCAAUCGAUUUAAUGUUGGUGAGGUUUUCAAGUGUUUCAUCCACUGGGGAACUGGCACAGUUAACUUAGAGUUGUGGUCUGAAGAAAGGCCUGUUUCAAGUCAGUCAGCUCUUAGAAUUUCCCAUGAGUAUGAGGUGAGAGAAAUUGUGCAAUAAUUCCCAAAUAUCUUUUGAAAAAAUUGCAGCCACUUUAUCAGUACUUCAAGCAUUGGUGACACUGUAAGUAGUCAUUAUCCUGCACAAUAGAUAUUGAAGGUAAUCUGAAGCCAGAACAUGUACUAUAUGCAAUUAUAUAUGUCUUCAAGACCAUGAGCUUUUUUCUUAAUGUUGAUCAUGUUAUCACAUGCCUUGUAAUUACCAUGACCAGGUGGAGGUACAAUACAAGUUGUCCCUUAAUAAGAUUUCCUUGAAAAUAUAUAAAUUUAAUACA